AUGUCGCUGAAAGUCAAUGUGGUGGACCUGGCCGGACACUCGUUGGAGCUCGAGCUUCCUGCCAAGGAGACGGUGAAAGCCAUCAAGGAUGCAGUGGCUACGCCCUGGGACCUGGAUCCGCGAACCUUUCGCUUGCUAGCACAAGCCGAGCAGAUGCAUGAAGAGAAGACGCUUGAGAGCUUUCUCUCGGAAGGUGAAAGGGAGGUCCAGGUGCAGCUGCUCAAGUUCGACCCGCUCUGGAAUUUGGGGCAGUUUGUCCGUUCAAAGCACCGGGGCAUUCGGAUCUCUGGUGAGUGGCGCAACAUACUGAACAAGACCCAGGACUUCCCGGAUUCCAACAACGUCUUCUUGCGCCAUGGGAUUCAGGAGCCAUGCUUCGUAGAGUUUGAAGUCGUGCGUUGCGGAGAUGAGAUGUCGUUCGGUGUGACCUACGACAAGCGGGUGGUGAAGCUUUCAGACCACGACAACCUUGACACAGACACCACGUGGAUCUUCUCCAGAAAGCGGUCCAUGCCUGUCUUCUUCCUUGGUGGGAAAGAGAUAAAUCCUUCCGACGUUCCGGGUGUACAAGAGGGUGACGUCAUCGUGCUCUAUGCAGAUCCUGAGGCUCGCCUGGUGGAGUUCUACUGCAACACGAAGCUGGUUGGAUCCAGUGAGUCCCUCGAGGUUCCUUUGCCACAGGCUGAUGGUAGGCCUUUGUGGAUGUAUGCCAUGGUGGACCAAAGGGGGGAUGAGAUCAGAAUCAAGCGGUUUGGCCCCGGCAGGCCGUACCUUUGA